UAAAAUUACAGUUCCCAACUUCCCCUUCUUCUUCAUCUUCCCUCCCAAAUUCUGUAAAGUCCAACUGAACUGGUGGAAAAAACCCACUGCGUAAGUGAAACCCUUUUGUAAUCAUACACCCAUCACAAUCUUGUCCUCAUCAUCUUUCUCAUUUUGCUCUCCACCAUGACAUCAUCAUCUUCAACAAUGGCGAUUCAACCAGGAAGAUUUCGAGUUCUUAAAGAAGGAGUACUACCCAAAUUAUUGUCUGAACAAAAAUGUGGACCAGUUGUUUAUUGGAUGUUUAGAGAUCAAAGGGUAAAAGAUAAUUGGGCAUUAAUCCAUGCUGUUGAUCAAGCCAACAAAGGAAAUGUGCCUGUUGUUGUUGCAUUCAAUCUUUUUGAUGCAUUCAAAGGUGCGAAGAAUCGUCAAUCAGGGUUCAUGUUAAAGGGUCUUCGCAAACUUCAGCAAACAUUAGUAGAGUCCUUUCAAAUCCCAUUCUUCUUGUUUCAGGGAGAAGCAGUACAGACAAUUCCGAAUUUUAUGAGAGAAUGCGGAGCUUCACUUUUGGUAACAGAUUUUUCGCCAUUGAGGGAAGUUAGGAAAUGGAAAGAAGAAAUGUGUGAACGAGUUGGUGAUGCAGUUACCAUACAUGAAAUCGAUGCGCAUAAUGUAGUUCCACUGUGGGUUGCAUCAGGUAAAUUAGAGUACAGUGCAAGAACUAUAAGGAGUAAAAUUCAGAAGUUGCUUCCUGAGUAUCUCAUUGAUUUUCCUCAACAUCAAACUCCUAACAAGAAAUGGGUUGGUAUUAGUCCUUUGAUAGAUUGGGAGAAACUCAUCGACGACGUUUUGAGAAAAGGAGCAGAAGUACCUGAAAUUGAGUGGUGUGAACCUGGAGAAGUUGCUGCAAUGGAAGCUCUACUUGGUGCUAAAAAUGGAUUCCUUUCAACCACCAGGUUGAAGAACUAUAAUACUGAUCGCAAUAACCCAUUGAAGCCAAGAGGACUUUCAGGCCUUUCUCCUUAUUUGCAUUUUGGUCAGAUUUCAGCGCAACGAUGUGCGUUGGAGGCUCGGAAUGUUCGCAGCGUCAAUCCUCAGUCAGUCGACUCGUUCAUGGAGGAGUUGAUCGUACGAAGAGAACUUGCAGACAAUUUUUGCUAUUACCAGCCUCAUUAUGACUCCUUACAGGGUGCAUGGGAAUGGGCUAGGAAAACUUUGAUGGACCAUGCAAAUGAUAAGAGAGAACAUGUUUAUACGAGGGAGCAAUUGGAGAAAGCAAAAACUGCUGAUCCUCUGUGGAAUGCGUCACAACUGGAGAUGGUUCAUCAUGGAAAGAUGCACGGAUUCAUGAGAAUGUAUUGGGCGAAAAAGAUUUUAGAAUGGACAAAUGGACCAGAAGAAGCACUUUCUAUAGCUUUAUACUUAAAUGACAAGUACGAAAUAGAUGGUAGGGACCCAAAUGGAUAUGUAGGUUGUAUGUGGUCGAUAUGUGGUGUUCAUGAUCAGGGUUGGAGGGAACGGCCGGUGUUUGGCAAGAUAAGGUACAUGAACUAUGCAGGAUGCAAACGGAAAUUCGACGUCGAUGGUUAUAUCGCGUAUGUCAAAAGGCUAGUUGGCGGAAUCAAGAAGCGGAAAGCAGAAAUUAGAAUUAGUGACGAGGUUAAGGCAAAGUUGAAGUCUGACGUUGUACAAGAUCUGGUAAAAGGUAGAAUGCAAGAAAAUCCUUCAGAGAUUGUCCCGUUAUUAUCUUCAUAAAGAUUCAUACUGGGAACAUAUUUGUUAGCAGAAAUAGAAAUGAACGGUAUUAUGUCUAGACACGUUUUGAUUUCCAUAUUUUGUAAUUCAGAUGGUCAUGAAAGUGUACCUUCUAAAUAUGAGACUAUUGAUUUCCAGUAGGAACUGAAUUCCAUGUCUAUAAAUAUUAGGUACCCAGGCUUUUUCCUCAUA